AUGAUUUGUAAGACUGAUUGAUUGGUUGUGCUGUCACCAAAGACCGUAAAUACCAGGUAUUUUACGGUCUCUGCUGUCACUCACAUAAUCACAUUUAUGCUGGGCUGAAGAUUUAAACCUAGAUCGAAGAGUUCCAAGCCUUGCAUUACGACGAAAUGUUGUGGUCUUGACCUGAGCCUGUUAUUGUGGUUUUGAGUACAACAAAAUCCUGAAAAGAUGUCAACCAUUGAGGCAAUGGGGAUUCAAGGAAUCCGGAGCUUCGGUCCAGAUUCCUCUGAUUUUAUGAAAGUGAAGUUUUUUAAACCGCUCACUCUCAUCCUGGGGGCGAAUGGCACAGGAAAAACGACGAUCAUUGAAUGCUUGAAAUAUGCAACCACAAGUGACAUGCCACCAGGCUGCAAGGGGGCAGGAGCGGCGUUUGUUCAUGACCCAAAGCUGACAAAUGAACGUGAGGUCAAAGGUCAGGUAAAAUUGAUGAUCAAAGAUGUGACUGGUGCUGCCCUGACUGUGGAGAGAUCUGUGAUAGCUAGAGUUAAAGAUGGAAAGGGCAAAAAAACAGAAAUGAAAACUCUUGAUGGCGUGUUGGUGAGGGAGACGAGGGAAGGAGUGAAGGAAUCCAUCACCUCCCGGUGUGCUGACCUCAACAGAGAGAUGAUUGGAGCCCUCGGUGUUUCUAAAGCUGUGCUGGAGAAUGUCAUCUUUUGCCAUCAAGAAGAUUCCAAUUGGCCUCUCAGUGAAGGGAAGGCCUUGAAGGAUAAAUUUGAUGCCAUAUUUGCUUCCACGCGCUAUACAAAAGUCAUGGAAGAGAUUAAAAAGUUGAAAGUAUCUCAGGAUCAAGAAAUCAGAGAAGGUAAAAAAGAGCUGGAAUAUUUGAAACAGCAUAAAGACAAGGCCCAACAGCUGACAGGAGACCUGGAGCAACUAGAGACUCAACUGGCCGCUUCAGUGGACAGUGUCCAGCACAUCAAGGACAAACUGGCUCCCAUCGGCACUCGACUGGCCGAGCUCAACAACCGUGCGCAUGAUAUUGGCGAGCUGCAGAGAGAAAAGUAUAAAUAUGAAAGUGAGAAAGAGCAGAUCGAAAACACAAUACAAGAACUGUCCGCCAAGAUAGAAGAAGAAUUUACAGGCACAACAGAAGAACUGAGGAGACAGUUGAAGCAAUUCUCCACUCAGGUCCAAGCCAAGAACAGAGAGUUACAAGAGUGCAAUAGGAAGCAAGAUGAACUGACGUCUGAGCUGGCCCGGUUUGAGAAAGAAACCAACAAGCUGAUGGUGGAGUCGGGAAAACUGCAACAAGAGGCAGAAACCAACAGUGAAAAGAUCGAAGAAAGGGAUGCUAAAGUCCGGGAGAUGGCCGAAGAAUACAACUUUACAGGAUUUGAGGGUGCUGGAGAGAUAUCGGACUCUAAAUAUGGCCAAUUUUUCAAAGAGCUGAAGGAAAAAUUGCAGAUCAUGAUGGAUGAAGCUAGGAAGAAAAAGGAGGAGUACGAAGAAGAGGAGAAAAAACUUCAAGAGAAAGUUGACAGUUUGAGGGAGAGCAAGGCCAAACUGGAGAACAGUGAGAAAAUGAAGCGAGACAAUAUGGAUAAGAACAAAGUUGAGAUACGAGAAAUCAAACAGAAGCUGGCCAACAUGAUGUCAUCAGAAGGUCGACUGACCAAUCUGAAAACAGAUCUCAAACGGGCUGAAAAUGAUCUCCAGUCUACAGAAGCUGCUGUAAAUGUGGAGGAAUUACGUGGUGAAAUCGCUUCUCUGGACAAAAAGAAAAAAGCUCUCGAUGGAGAAAUUGGUGAACUCAACACAGAGAUGAACCAGCUGCACAAACAGUCCGGUGCUCAGGCUCAGCUAGAGAUGUUUGGGGCCGACCUGCAGGAGAAAGAGGCCACAAUUGGCCGGUUGAGGGCCACCCAUGAGGAGAGCAUCACAUCUCUGCUGGGAGACAUGCCUGGAGACGAAUUUUUGAGGGAAAGUGUGGAUGCCUACAUCAGCUCACAGAAUGACACUGUGCAACGAUGUGAGGCUACGCUCAGAGAUGUGCGGACGUCUCUGUCUACUAAAGAGGCGGAGAGAAAGAACACAAAGGCACAGCUGGAUGAGAAAGAGGAGGAGCUGAGGGGUCAAGAGGCGAAGAUUGACAGAGUUUGUGAGGGCCAGGAUCUGGACGAGGCUUUGAAAGAGGUACAAGAAAAGCUGAACCAGGAGCAGGAGGACAAGGGUUCGAUGCUGGGAGUGGAGCACAUGUACAAAAAGUACAUCCGAGCGCUGGAAAAGACCAAACCAGACUGCCCUCUGUGCCGUCGAGGAUUUCAGCGGGAGCAGGAGGCGAGGGAACUUAUCCUCAAGCUGCAAAAUGACAUGAGAAGGGUCCCUGCAAACAUGAGGAGGGUGGAGGAGAGCUUGGGGCGACUCCAGCAAAGAUACGAUCAGCUGACACAGCUCAAGGCUGUCAGAGAGACAGCAACUGCCCUCAAGGACAGAGACAUCCCUGGCCUCAAGGUGACGCUGAAGAAAGUGGAAGGGGAAGUGCGGGGGUUGAAGGAGGAGAAACAAGCUAAGGAAGACGCUCUCAUGUCGCUGCAGGUGGACCUUGACAUUGCAAAGGGGCUUCACUCCGAUGUUGUGUCCAUGGAUCGCUACAGGGGGGAAGUGCGGGAGUUGCAGCGUAAGGUGGAGACACAAAGAGCUCUCUUGCCAGCAGGAGGCGCCACGCGGUCAGUGCAUGAUGUCAUCGCCCUCCAGGAGGAAAAGCAGCUAGAGCUGGAUGGGGUGAACCGUGGGCUUGACCACAAGCGAGACAAGCUGAGUGGACACCAGGACAGACUGCUUAGGCUCAGGACAAGAGUUCACGACCUCACAGGGGAGAAACUGACCAUUGAGGGGGAGUUGCAGCAGAAGACUAAGUUGGAGGAAAGGAAAGUCACCCUGACCAGCGACAACGCCACCUACCUGAGAGACAUUGAAGAAGCCAAAGCUCAGCUCAAGCCCAUAGAAACUCAGAUUGGCAAAAUUGCUGCAGAAAAAGAUAAGUUGACCCAGCAGAAAGAAAAAAUGAUGGAAGAAGCGAGGGCGGAUGUAGAUGUUGUGAAGAAUAAAGGGUUGGCCAUAAGGGAGCUGAAUGGACAGGUAAAAACCUACCAGCAGUCUAAUAAGGCUCAACAUCUUACAGAAUGUAAGGAAAAACAAAAUAAGUUGAGGAGUAGUCAGGAAAGGAAGGAGGAGGAGAGGAAGGACCUGGAGGCGAGAGUCAACCAACUGAGGGAGGAGGUGACCAGACAAGACAUCAAGAAAAGGUCACUGGAAGACACUAUGACUCUGCAUAAAAAGCAGGAAGACUUGCGGGGGGUGGAAGAGAAAAUGGGAGAAGUUCGGCAAAAGCUGGGAGAUUUGGACAUUAAGAAUCUGCAACGAGAGCGGACGAAUCUUAUGGAUGAGGAAGAUAAAAUGCGAGAAGAUCUUCAUCGAGCCACAGGGAGACAGCAAGGCUUUAAGGACCAGAUCAAAGCAACAAAGAAAGAGCUUAACUCUGACAUCUGCAAAGACGCAGAUAAGAAAUACAGAGACAUGGUCAUACAGAACAGAACUUUGGAAAUUGCUAACGGGGAUCUACAGAAAUACUACAAGGCUAUGGAUUUAGCUAUUAUGAGAUACCAUCACACAAAGAUGGAGGAGAUCAAUGUGAUCGUGAGAGAGCUGUGGAAGAAUACCUACAUGGGCAACGAUAUCGAGACUAUCGAGGUCCGUUCAGAAGAUGACGACGCAGCUACUUCAGGUUCUGCGACAAUCAAGACGCGUCGCAACUACAAUUAUCGUGUGGUGAUGAUCAAGAACGGGAUCCCCAUCGACAUGAGAGGUCGAUGCAGCGCUGGUCAGAAGGUUCUGGCCUCUCUCAUCAUCAGACUGGCCCUGGCUGAGACUUUCUGCGUCAACUGUGGAAUCCUGGCCCUGGACGAACCCACCACAAACCUUGACCGCUCCAACAUUGAGAGUUUGGCGUUUGCUCUUGUCCGAAUCAUCCAAGAGCGAAGUUCCCAGAGACAUUUCCAGCUGGUGGUAAUUACUCAUGACGAAGACUUUGUGGAGUUGCUUGGACGGACGGAAUAUGUGGAUCAUUUUGUGCAAGUCAGCAAGAAUGUAGAGGGCCUGUCCAGAUUGUCUGUGAAACAAGUCCAAGAACUUCAUUCAAGGUAGGCAGGAGAUGGAUUGAAGAGAGUGGAAAGACACCAUCUAUUUAUUCGUUCAUGGAGGGAAGAGAGUGGUGAAAGAAUACCAUUCAUUCCUUUUUGGAUUGGAGAGAAUGGAAGAACAACAUUCGUUCUUUCAUGGCCCUGUGAGGGGGAAAGGAAACUAUUCAUUCUUUCGUUUGUGAGGCAUUGGGGUGAAAUCAGGCACUCGUCAAAAUAAUGAAAUCGAAGAAAUCGUCAUUUUUUCCUGUCAUUCUGCAAUUUAAAAAAAAAAUUGGUUAAUAGAUUAACACUAUGUCCAUAGAAAACACAUUUAUGUGUGGAUUUUACUGAAAAAUGUUGAUUAAAGGCACAAGAAAAUGUAAAUUUGCUGUU